UCUUCACAAAUUUUAAACAAAAUACAUUUUCAAACAAACAACCACCGGAAUAAGAACUACUGGAAUAAAUAUCACAAUGGGAAUUCCAAAAUUUCCAAUGCAUAAUGUGCAUUUCUAUAAAUCGAUGAAGAAUGUCGCCAUUGCUGUUGUCCUGGCAUUAUCUGCAUCGACGGCAUUUAACGUUUUACACAAUAUGCCGCGUAAACACAAAUAUGCCAAUUUUUACACCAAUUAUGAUCCCAUGGUUUCUUUCUAUCGCAUGAUGGAGGGUGGCUAUCUUGAUUCUUGUCCUCCGCUGAAAGCUGCUGCACCAACUCCGAAGAAGUAAUAUCGAUAUUUUUUUGUUGUGUCCCUGAUCGACUAGAAGUCAUAAUAAAUGUAUGUAUUUGUUCAAUAAAAAAAUUGUUAAACGUUUA